AUGAUGGUAAAUUGAAGGGUAACACUAUCAAGGUUCGGCAUAUUCUCUGUGAGAAACGCUCGAAGGCUCUGGAAGCAUUACAAAAAUUAAGAGAGAACGAACGCUUUGACAAAGUAGCUGCAGAAUACAGCGAAGACAAAGCAAGACAAGGAGGCAUGGAAAAUAACUUCGUUGUCAUAGGCGAUCUUGGUUGGCGUAUGCGUGGAACAUUGUUACAAGAAUUCGAGAAAGCUGCGUUUAACUUACCAACGAGUACAGUCGAUUCACCGAUAUAUACUCCUGAACCUGUGCGAACGUCAGAAGGAUACCAUAUAAUAAUGGUUGAAGGAAGAAAAUGA